GCAAGACGUGACUUGGGGUGGGGCCUGGCCCAGUGCCUGGGUCCAGAGUAUAAGAGAACUCAGGAGCCGCUAAAGGCAAAGUGGAUCCCAGACACUUCAACUCUAGCCAUGGGGCUAGGCUUCCUCUCCCUGAGCCUCUCCCGCCUGGGCCUAUGGGCGUCUGUAAUGAUCUUGAUCAUCAGUAUUUUCAAGCUUCUCCGUGUACUGCUUCGAAGGCAGAAGUUGGCCAGGGCUAUGGACAGCUUCCCAGGCCCCCCAACCCAUUGGCUUUUUGGGCAUGCCCGUGAGAUCCAGCAGACGGGGAGCCUGGACAAGGUGGUAUCCUGGGCCCACCAGUUCCCAUAUGCCCACCCACUCUGGCUUGGACAAUUUGUUGGCUUCCUGAACAUCUAUGAACCUGAUUAUGCCAAAGCUGUGUACAGCCGCGGGGACCCCAAGGCCCCGGAUGUGUAUGACUUCUUCCUCCAGUGGAUUGGGAGAGGCCUACUGGUUUUGGAUGGGCCCAAAUGGUUCCAGCACCGUAAGCUGCUCACACCUGGUUUCCAUUAUGAUGUCCUGAAGCCUUAUGUGGCUGUGUUCGCUGACUCCACUCGUGCCAUGCUGGACAAGUGGGAGAAAAAGGCUCGGGAGGAUAGAAGCUUUGACAUCUUCUGUGAUGUGGGUCACAUGGCUCUGGACACACUCAUGAAGUGCACAUUUGGCAAAGGAGACAGCGGCUUGGACCACAGGGACAGUGACUACUACCUGGCAGUCAGUGACCUCACACUGCUGAUGCAGCAACGCCUUGAGUCUUUCCACUAUCACAAUGACUUUAUCUAUUGGCUCACCCCACAUGGCCGCCGAUUCCUGAAGGCCUGCCAGACAGCCCACAAUCAUACAGACCAGGUCAUCAGAAGGCGGAAGGCAGCUCUGCAGAAUGAGAAGGAACAGGAAAAGAUCCAGCAACGGAGGCACCUGGACUUCCUGGACAUUCUUCUAGGUGCUCGGGAUGAAAAUGGGAUCACACUGUCAGAUGCAGAUCUCCGGGCUGAGGUGGACACAUUCAUGUUUGAAGGCCAUGACACCACCACCAGUGGCAUCUCCUGGUUCCUCUAUUGCAUGGCCCUCUACCCCGAGCACCAAGAGCGCUGUCGGGAGGAGGUUCGAGAGAUCCUAGGAGACAAGGACUCCUUCCAGUGGGAUGAUCUGGGCAAGAUGACCUAUUUGACCAUGUGCAUCAAGGAGACCUUCCGCCUCUACCCACCUGUGCCUCAGGUAUACCGGCAGCUCAACAAACCCGUCACCUUUGUAGAUGGCCGCGCUCUACCUGCAGGCAGUCUGAUCUCUCUGCACAUCUAUGCUCUUCACAGGAACAGCUCCGUGUGGCCUGACCCUGAGGUUUUUGACCCCCUGCGCUUUUCACCUGAGAAUGUAACUGGACGCCACCCCUUUGCCUUCAUGCCCUUUUCUGCUGGUCCCAGGAACUGUAUUGGGCAGCAGUUUGCCAUGAACGAGAUGAAGGUGGUCACAGCCCUCUGUUUGCUGCGCUUUGAAUUCUCUCUGGACCCUUCACAGCUGCCCAUCAAGAUGCCACAGCUGAUCCUGCGUUCCAAGAAUGGCAUACACCUCCAUCUGAAGCCUCUGGGCUCUGGGUCUGGGAAGUAGGUCUUAGAGAGCAAAGGCUAAGAAAGGCCAGAUUAUUGUGCUCUCCCCUCAGAUUGGAUGAGGGGUAGUUAUGUCUCGGUGGCCUUCAGGAGGCUUAUAGUUUGGGAAGGGAGUAGGAACUGAUGAAAAAGUGCCUUGUAAACAUGUGUCUAGAUGUUUGUUAUUCAUAGAGUUUUAGCACUCAUUCAUUCAUUCAUUCAUUCAUUCCACAAACCUUUGGUGAAUACUCACUUGCUUUGAGAAACUUCCUCAUAAUUUGCAGUCUUUCUGAAAUGUAACAGAAACGUAUUUUAGUGAAUGCAAUGAAAGUGAGGU